UUUGUCGGUACCAGACUCCCAGUACCGCUAGUACCGGUACCUGCCCGGCCCCUGGCGAGGCGAGAGGUUGUGGCGGAGGGCUCGGAGGUAAACAUUGGCCUUCACGACACUCGAGGCGCCCAGCGUGUGCUGCGUCGCCAUGGCGGGCCGGGAGGACUCGGCGGUGGUCCUGGGUGACGCGGGUGUCGGCCAGGCGCUGCUGCUGUACUGCGGAGGCCAGGAGCAGGCCGCCAGCACCGCCAGGGAGGACAUGAUGUGGGUGGUUGGGGGUGACGGAGGGGGGGAGGAGGGGGUGCUGCUGCCAGAUGAGCUUGGGGGGGAGACGCUCCUCCUCCUCGGUGACCACCUCUCCCUUCUGCCGACCUCGCCUGACCUCACGCCACCACUUCAGAUCUCAGCAGAAGAAAUACCAAACAACAACAGCAGUAAGAUAACAGCCACAUACGCACACACAUCAACCACACACACACAGCAAACGCACACACAGACAAAACUCACCUACACAGACGCACACACCAAGCUGCCAGCCACAUUCAGAACGCACACAAACACGCACUCAAGCCCUGUAGCCACCACCACCAUCACAUCACCGACUGUUCCCAAAGCGUACACAAGCGCACACAGGGAAUCUACACUGCUGAAGACGUACACAAACACCAAGAAGAGCACAUACACAAACAUACUUGAGACAAACACACACACACAGGUACACACACAGAGACAUCCACUCACACAGACACACAUACAGAUCAAACCACAGACACAGACACACACACAGACAAAGCCACAGCCACCUCAAACACACGUGCACACGCGCACACACACGUUACAAGUCUCGGAGGUGUCUGCCCUGCGUGCCAAGCUGGUGUCAGGCUGCAAGUCUUCGCUGGACGAGGAUGAGCUGAGUGAGGAGCCAUUCGUGGGGCCGUCCCUGCGCUGGGCCGCCCAAACCCCAAAGAGCUACCGGGGCGCCAAGCUGAGGGACACACCGCUGCCCCCCCGGAAGAAUGGACGCAAGGUGCCGCAGCGCGCAGACACAGAUGGGGAGACCAGUGGCAUGGGGUCCUCCGUUGAUGAGCCGGUAGAGUCGUCCACUGAGUCAGCGUCGGAGGCCCCGUCCACCCCCCCGGCCUUCAUCCAGCCCCGCCCCUCAGCCUCGCGUGGACCCUCAUCCACCUCACCCACGGCCAUCAAGAAGAGGCGUGGAGGGUGGCCAAAGGGGCGGAAGAGGAAGCCGGAGCUGCCGGGCGCCAAGCCGCCCAAGGCGCCGCUCACCGCGUAUGUUUUGUUCCUCAACGAGCGCCGCAAGUACUACAGGGAGACCCGGCCAGAGCUCAGCUUUGGGGCGGUGACCAAGGUGCUGGGUGCGGAGUGGUCAGCGAUGAGUGUGGAGCAGAAGGCAGCAUUCGUGAGUCGCUCGGAGCAGGACAAGCGGAGGUACCGAAACGAACUCCAGGCCUACAGGCAGUCCCAUGAUUACCAGCUGUUGUUACGGAAGAAGAGGAUCAAGAAUGUCAUCCGACGUGGAGGAACGACAACGGAAGAAUCCUCUGACUUCACUGACGAAAUUGAUGAUGAUGACAGUGAGGAGCUGUACUGCCGCAUCUGUGACCAGCUGUUCACCUCACUGCACAAUAAGCGCGAGCACCUCUAUGGCAAGACACAUCUGCAGGCCAUCACAGGGGAGUACCAGCGGGAGAGGUUGGCCGAGGAGGAGCGGCAGAUGGCGGCAGCCCUGAGGGUGGGUCAGGGGGCUGGGGACUGCCUCACCUGUGGCUCCCCCCUCACCCCCCACACACCGCACCUCGCCCCUGCCCGGAAAGGUGUUGACUCCCUCCUGGUGGGGUGCCCUUCCUGCAGCCCCUCCCCUGCCCCCCCUCAGUCCCCCCGCACCCCCCAGGAGGAUGACCACGAUGGCGACAAGGAGGAUGAGGAGGAGGAGGAGGAUGGACAAGAUGAAGGAGGCAUUUCUUCCACUCCCCCGUCCCCUCCGCCGCCCCCCACAGAGAGCAUCACGGAGGCGCUGGAGGGAGUGAUGGCCAAGGUCAUGGAGCGUGAGGAGGAGAUCCACGCCCUGCGCCAGAGCAGUGUGGUGGCAGUGGCGGCCAAGGAGGAGCUGAACGCCACGCUGAGCCGCCUCCAGGCCCGGGGGCGGCGGCUGGGGGCCACCAGGGAGGCGCUGGACCGCCGCAACGCUGAGCUCAAGGCGACGGCUGAGACGCUGUGGAGGCUGCCGGCGCUGUUUGGGGUUACACCGCUGCAGAUGGUGGAGGUGACGACGCGCAUCACACAGGAACAACAACAACAAGAUGAUGCUGAGGUACACGGACAGGAGGAAGAGGAAGAUGAGGAGGAAGAGGAAGAGGAUGAUGAUCUGUGCCAACAAGAGGAGGAGCUGGGGUCACAGGACGAGGGAAUACAUCUCCAGCAACAGGACCUGGAGGAGAACACGUCUGGCAGUGACCCUGAGUUGGUGGAGUGCCUGCUGAAGCCGUGCCAGGACUCAGCAUUGCUCAGUGGGGACCUGCUGGCUGACGGGGACAGCCAGCAACAGCAACAACAAGUACAAAACAAAACACUAAUGGCAAAUCGGUUCCUAUCCCAAAGUGACAAUUUUCAUCAACAUCAACAUCAUCUGCCCAGAGCGAAGGUACAAUACAUACAAGUACACCCUCAACAACAACAACAGCAACAAAAACCAGAGCAGCUGAUAUAUAUUGAGGACUUAGAACUGAAUCAUCACUAUCAACAUCAGCAACAGGAGGAGGAAGAUGAGGAUGAGGAGGAAGUAGCAAUAGAAAUACAAGAUGAGGAAGUACUGCAACACCAACUUAUAAUACAACAAGAACAACAACAAGUAGAGAAAGAGAAGGAGGAAGAAGAGGAGGAGGUUGUGAUAUCAGAAGAAGAACUACACUUACUGGGACAACAACUACAACCAUUACAACUUGGAGGCCAACAACAACAACAACAAAAUCAACUUGAACCACUACCACUCCUGAAAAACCACCCUCCACAACAGCAACUAGUAAUAAACAACCCACAAAUACAGCUCCUACAACAACCACAACAACUUCUGAUCUUACACGAAAAUGGGAACUUGCAACCACAACUCCCACCACCACCACAACCACAACCGCAGAGACAAAGACGGCAGAUUCUUCUACUUGAGAGGGAAGUUGGUGGGAUGUAUUUAAAGAAAGAGGAGGAGGAGGUGAUGAAGGAAGGAGAGAAGGAAGACAGGAAGGCAAACACAACGAAACCACUUCCACCGCCACCACCACAACAGUUAAAGAGGCAUCUACUACAUCAUUCCACCCAACCAAACACAGCCACACAGCCACACACAUACAAACCCAAAGUAAUGAACCUUAUACCGCAACAGGGUCAUGAAGGGAGAGGCCAACACAAGAAGACCAAAGGCAUAGCAAAGCAUCCCCCCACACAGAGCCCCCAAAACAAACAACUCCAAACACUCAAGCAGCGUGACGUCAAGCGAAAGACACGUGCCCUGAAAACCGUCCCACUGAAGCAAGACAGGUUUGAACAGCAACCUCAAAAACAAGAACAACCAGUACCACAGAACGUCCAGCAUUUCCAAGCAUAUGGUAGCCCACAGCAGCAAGAACAGUUAGCAUCACAGCAUUUCCAUGUAUACAGCAACCCACAGCAACAGAGAGGAAGACAAACCACACAGCGUAGAGUGACGUUCGCACAGCAGACAGCAGAGAGCACAGCAGGAGAGCACCAGAGAACACAGAAAGCUUCACCACUCACCAGGGCCACAGGGGAGCCAGAUAGAAGCUUACCCCAGCACCAAGGAAGCUUGUUGUCGGUACAGCUUGAACACGAGACGCAAGUACCGAGUUUCAUCAGCGAGGACGAGGCAUUUGAAGCAAGUUUCGACCCUUCGGCGUUUCAGGGAAGGUUAGAAUUGGAGUUACCGGAGGACUUGGGAUUACAGGACGAGGAGGAUUUACUGCAACAAGAUCUCUUUAACCUCCAGCACGAAGAAGAUGAGAUCGGAACAAGAGACCUGAUCCUGCUUGAUAACACAUAAACCAGAACCUCCUGCAUGGGGAAUUCAAUCCUGUUAAAAGUCCUUAGUGUGGAAUAGAAGAGGAGAUUGCAGCAAGAGAUCUGAACCUGCUUGAUAACACAUAAACCAGAACCUCUUGCAUAGGGAGUUUGAUCCUAUUGAAAGUCCUUAGUGCAGAAUAGAAGAGGAGAUUGCAGCAAGAGAUCUGAUAACUGUGGGGAAUUCGAUCCUGUUGGCAGUCCUUUUUGUGGAAUCGAGUCCUGCUGUGCCGUUAGUCGGGAGUUUGCGCUGAUGCUCCUCGAGGCUCCGAUGAAGGGUCCGAUCCUCUGCAUGUUAGUCCUGGAUCCCUUGUGAGCACGGCACUUAUGGAGGUGGCGUGAAGGGUUCGUAAUGUCUGUUUUUGUUGUGGUGUGCGGAGGAGAACAACUAUGGGUUAUUUUUUUGCUAUUAUUAUUAUUAUUAUUAUUAUUAUUAUUAUUAUUAUUAUUAUUAUUAUUAUUAUUAUUAUUAUUAUUAUUAUUAUUAUUAUUGUUAUUGUUAUUACCAAAGUUAGCAUUAUUAUUGUCAUUAUUUUCAUUAUUGUUAUUGUCAUUACUAUUAUUAUUUUUGUGUAUUAUUGUUAUUACUAUUGUUUCUUGUUCUUGUUUUUCUUUCUCUUUCUUUUUCCUCAUUUUCUUCUUUUCUUUCUUUCUUGUUUUACUUCUUCUUUUUCCUUCUUCUUUUUACUAUCAUUAUUAUUAUUAUUAGUUAUUAACACCAUUAUGAAACCACCUUGCCUCUGUUGAAAAGUUUAUUAUUAUUAUUAUUAUUAUUAUUAUUAUUAUUAUCAUUGUUCUUAUUAUUGUCAUCAUUAUUAUUAUUAUUAUUUUCGGAGCGUCAAUCGUGUUUUCUUAUUUCUGUCUGUCCCUCGCUUCGCCAUCGGUGUUUUUUGCCGUAAGUUUCCAUAACACUGACUUGGCAUCAUUUGUGUUCCGUCGCAAAUUUAGACGUACAUUGAUAUUUUUGUAGGGUCUUAUAUAUUCCACUUUGUAACUUUAAUAAAUUCUUCCGCUCGGCUGUCAUGUGGAAGCCAAAGUGUGUGUGUGUGUGUGAGAGAGAGAGAGAGAGAGAGAGAGAGAGAGAGAGAGAGAGAGAGAGAGAGAGAGAGAGAGUAAUGAAUUGUGUUAUGUCAAAUUAGUUUAGUUAUGGAUAAAUAUAUAAAAAGCAAAAAUGAGAGAAAACAACAAAAAUAGAGUAUGUGUUUGUAAGAGAGAGAGAGAGAGAGAGAGAGAGAGAGAUUGUAUAUACUAGUGUAAAAGUCUGAUUAAAAGUAGUAGUAGUAGUUUCAGAAUGAGGCUUUGACACUAGUAUAUUAUAAAAUUUAAACAUAUCAAGGGAGGGCAUUCAAAGGCUGACUUCACAAGCCUUGAGUUGACUUCUUUUAUUGAUUCUUUUUAUCCUCCCAUUCUUACAUUUCAUUCUUCCCUUCCCUCCUCUAAUUCCUCUCUACGCCAUUACAUUCAUUUAACCCCUUCACUACGGCCGGGUGAAAACAGCGCCCCGCCCCGUAUCUGAGAUCGCCGCGCGCACCAAAUUUCAAAUGUCGCUAUUGAAUAUAACAAGUUUUCAGCCAUAAACUCAACAUAAUCACCAUGUGUUAUAUAUGAAAACAUGCAGAAUAAAUGGUGCACAUGAAACUCACUACGGCCGGGCCAAAAACAGCGCCCUGUGCCAUAUCCAGGAUCACCGCGCGCCAAAUUUCAAAUGUCGCUAUUGAAUAUAACAAGUUUUCAGCCAUAAACUCAACAUAAUCAUCAUGUAUUAUAUAUGAAAACAUGCAGAAGUAAAUGGUGCACAUAAAGAAGCAUGAAUUAAUUGAUAAUUUUUAGAUGUAAGCAUAAAUAUAAAGAUAAAAUAACUCGUGUAUUGGCUAAAGCGCGCCAGGACGCAGUAUACGCGUCCUCGUGUUGAAGGGGUUAACUUAUUUCCUUUUUUUAUGUCCAUCUCCCUUACCCUCCUCUUCUCCCUAGUUCACUCCUUUCUGUUCUUAUUUCCUUUAUCUGUCCCUCAUGCAUUCCUCCUCUUCUAAUCUCACUCCUUUCAUGUUUUUUCUCUCUCCUGAAUUGAUUGAUGGUUGUUGUUGAUGCAUUUUUCCGUUCCCUCGAGAAAGUUAACACUCACGUCACCGAAGGAAAUUUUCUGUAUCGGUUUGACUCUUGCGUUCAGUGUCCCACGUGAUGCAAGUUUUUCUUUUUGCUUUCUUUUCAUUUAAUUAUUUUCUCCUUCAUGCACCUUUUGUCUUUCUUAUAGGCCAUUAUUUUAUGUCCUUUCUUCCACUUUUUUCAUGCUCUGUUUUUCUUUCAUCACAUUUCUCUCUUUCCUUUCGUGCAUGCAUUCCAUUUUAUCCCUUCAUGCAUUCCUUCUUUACCUCUUCUUUUCUUUCAUUAAUUCCAUUCUUCCUUCCUUCAUUUCCUUCAGUGAUUCAUUCAUUCUACGGUAUCUUUUUCCUUCCUUCCCUUUUAUUCAUCUAAUUUUUUCCCUUCCUUCCUUCCUUUCCUUCCUUUCUAUUUCCCUCUUUCAUUCAUUCAUUGUGGUCCCCUUUCUUUAUCCUUCCUUCCUUUUAUUCAUUCUGUUUUCCUCCCUUUCGUACACCUUUCUUCCUCCUUUUAAUCAUUCCAUCGUUCCUUCCUCUCAUUCAUUCAUUCCACACCUAUUUUCCCCCCGACAGGAAGCACGUAAUACCACCUCCAACCUUUCAACCCUUAAGAAACACUACACUCCACACCAGCCUCAGAGGUCUUUACACGUUUAUACUCUUUCAAUGACGACUCAAUGUUAAAAGCGUAAGUUCACGGCUCACAAUGCACUCGUAGCUUGUCAUGUAACACUGUAGUGGCUCGGCGUAGAGGAGACCGUUCGUGUUUGCAUCGUAACAUAAAGACUAUUGUUGGUAGGCGCUUACUGUUGCUAUUUUGCUCACUUUGCCAGUGGUUGCACACUCGUUGUUGUUCUUGUUGAGUGGUGUUUAUAUACAGUAUUUUGCUACACUUAAAUGUUGGUGAUAUGUUAGUGUGAGCUUACCGUAGUUCCUGUGGCAUUGAGGAGGGAAGUGUGUGUGUGUGAGAGUGUGAGUGUGUGUGUGUGUGUUGAGUUAGUCUUGAGUCGUUCCAUCUCUAUAUUUUCCCUUAUUUGGCUCAAUCAUAAAGUCAUGUAUAUUUCUUGCCCUAUUAAUACUGGAGAGAAUGAGGGUAUAUUAUGUGGCAGAAUGUGGAGUAGUAAGAACGGUAAAGUCUAGCAGAGAAAGGGAAGAAAUGUACUCGGAAUGAAAGUAUAUACAUGAAUAAAGGUAACGCUGUGAGUGCAAGAGAAAGAAAUCUAUUAUGAGUACAGGAGGGAAAGAGUGUGUGUGUGUGUGUGUGUUGAGUUAACCUCUAAUUCCUUAUCUCCGUAACUUACCUUUAUCUGGUUUAUUCAAAGUUGUGGAGAUAUCUUGCCCACACCACCUUCAUGUUCAAUCUAAACCAUUCCCAGCAUCAGCAAAUCUAUACGGGAAGCUCAAUUUCUCAAUGGUGUGUGUGUGUGUGUGUGUGUAAAAUUUGCCCUUAAAAAUUGCUCCUAAAAAAUUUCCCUAUAAAAAAAAUCAUAAAAAUUUCCCCUUAAAAUAUUUACCCUAAAAAAUUACCCCCACCCCCCAAAAAAACCAUUGCCCUUGAAAAUUACUCCUAAAACAAUUACCCCUAAAAAAAAUUCCUGUUUACACCAAUAUGUUGCUCAAGCUCCGCCCCUGACCCACCUACGAUGCAUGCCAUUGGUUAGUGGUGGAUGUGCUUGCUCCUUCCACAGACAAGUUAUAGGUGGAUGGGAUUGGUGGAUGCCUGAGGAGGAAGAAAAAUGUAGAUAUAGGUGGCAGUUAGUAGAUGGCAAAUAAAUGGAAAGAGGCAGCUUGGAAUAUAUGAAGGAGUAAAAUGUCUGUUGUGGAAGGUGUUAUGAAAAGAAUGCCUGAAGAAAGAUGUUUGGUAUAUGGAAACUGGAUGGAAAGAGGCAGUUUUGAAUGUCUGAAGGGAAAAAAAAUGAGUUUGGGCAAUGGAAGAUGGAUAGGAGGAGGCUUGACUUUGAAUAUGUGAAGCAGGAAGAUGUUUGCUGGAUGGAAACUGGGAAAAAGGAGGGUACAGGUUUUUGAAUGUCUGAAGGAGAGAGAGAGAGAGAGAUGUGCCUGGUAGAGGUUGUUAUGGAAAUAGAUACAGUUUUGAAUGUCUGAAGGAGAAAAUGUGCUCGGUAGAAGUUGUUAUGGAGAGAUACAGUUUUGAAAGUCUGAAGGAGAAAAUGUGCUCAGUAAAAGAUAAUGAGUAGAAACAGGAGGAGGAAGAGGAGAAGAAAGAGGAGGAGAAGGAGUAGGAAGAGGAGACAGAGGAUGUGAAGUAAAAGAAAUGGAAGGCAGAAUACUUGAGAGAUAGAAACCCAAAUUAUUAAACAUCUUGGCACCUCAGUUCCCUCGUUUGAAAAGCCUCUCGUAGUAGUUCACUGGCUCUCUACGGACUGUUUUGUGAUCCUAGUGAUAGUUUGACACGACCUCUGCACCCGGAAAUGGAAAAUCACCCUUGAAAACCUGGUUAAUCCUCUCUGUGGCCUUGGGAAAUAAUCGUAAUGGGAGUCUUGUAUGUUUAAGAAUAUGGACCUGAGAGUGUAGCAGAAUGAGGGGCUUGGGUAUGCAAAGAUGGAGUGUAAGAAUAUGAGAAAAUAGAGCCUCUUCUGUGGCCGUUCCCUUGAGAAAAUGCUAAGAAAUGAUGAUGUAAUGGUGAAUGAUGACGAUGAUGAUGAUGGCUGAAUGUGAUGAUGUCGUAAUGGUGAAUGAUGACGAUGAUGAUGACUCGUAAGAUUAGUGACAGUAUAUUAUAAUGAUAGUAAUGAUAAUGGAGAUUGUGAUGUUGAGAGUGAUAAUGAUGUUUGAAUGGUGUGUGUAUGACUUUAUUAAUGAUGUUGAUGGUUAUAAUUAAUGAUCAUGAAGAUGAGAAAGAUAGUGAAUGAUAAUGAUGUUAUAUGUGAUAAUGACUACAAAAUGAUGAAUGAUGAUAGUGAUGAUGCUGGAAAUAUUAAUGAUGGAAAUGGUGAAUGAUGAUGAUGAUAGUGAUGCUGGAUAUGAUAAGGAAAAAGAUAGUGAAUGAUAAUGAUGUUGUAUGUGAUAAUGACUACAAAAUGAUGAAUGAUGAUAGUGAUGAUGCUGGAAAUGUUAAUGAUAGAAAUGGUGAAUGAUGAUGAUGAUAGUGAUGCUGGAUAUGAUAAGGAAAAAGAUAGUGAAUGAUAAUGAUUGUGAAUUGUGAUAGUAACUUGAAAAUGGUGACUGAUGAUGAUAAUGCUGAAUGUGAUAGUGAUGAAAAUAGUGAAUGAAUAUGAUAGUAAUAGUGUUGCUGAUUGUGAUAAUGACGUCAUAAGCUAAUUGAUGAUAGUGAUGGCAACUGGUAAUUUAGUGAUGGUGAAUAAUGCUCACAAUAAUAGUGAUCAUGUCUUUUCUUCCAUGCGUAACCCCAGUAUCUGUAUUGAUAGUGUACUGUACCUAUUUUUUGGGUGUGGUAGAAGCAGCUCUCUAGAUAUAAAAAAAAUAAAAAAUAAGAGGAAAAAUCGCCCAUAAAAAUUAUAUAUAUUCGUGUCGGUGUGACUUUCCUUCCUUCAGUGAUUUCAUAAGGUUUAAAUGUUGUAUUAGUUUGGUUCAUCUUGCAACAUUCAGGUAUUAUACAUAUAUACAUACAAGGGCUGCAGUGCUUGCCAAUUUGUACGUACCUCUCCAGUUAGUAAGCAUUAGGAAUAAAAAACGUGUAUUUGUUGUUUAAUAGAGUAAAGGAAGCAAGAAAAAAAAA